AUGGAGAUUAGCUUCUCGCUGUCCGGAGAAUUACUGAGGCUUAUCUUCGGGUUCAGUUGGGCGCGUCUGGACAGUAGAAUGUGGUCAGUUAAGUACUACUUUGUAGCUACUCCGUAUGAGGGUGGAAAGGCAUCUGAUGUACUGCAGCAACGGUCGCAUCUCACUCACUGCAAUCCGAGCAAAGCAUCGCGUAUCACAGGUCAAUGGAUCGGUCGGAUGCUACUCCGGACUACCGCUGAUGCUCCGAGCAAGUCAACCCACAUACCCAAUUGUGUCCAGAUUCCCCGCGCGGUUGAAAUCCCAACGGUCAAGGAUCAGCUUCCAAUUCCUUCUUCAACUACUCCUUUAUCUGUAAUCGACGACGAAUCCUGGCUGUUGAUCUGUCAACGCGACGUGUUUGUUCAUAGCCACAGUGUCAACAGCGAAGCACAGAUCACGCUAUGCUGGUGGCAUUGCCCCCAUCCGAAACGCUGGCAAUUUGUGUCUACCUUCCAUGUCGCCAAGUCAGCACCGAUUUAUCAGCUCAUGCAUCACCUAUUGACAUGGCCCGUCUGA